CAUUGGACUCUCUCUUACUGGCACACCUCACAGCAUGAUGGUAUCAAGUCGGGUAUCACUGCAUUUUAUAAAUAAAAGUCGUCUCCAUCAACUACUGGCUGUGUUUCUCACCGUGAUUUGGCUCUCAGGAAGCACUGCUCUGAUUCAGCUCACAAGGGAGAUUGGUGAGAAUGUGACGAUUUCUUGCCCUGUGGAAAGACAAAAAAUCAAAUUCUUCUACCUUCAGAAGGCUCAAGUUUUUGUAAAUGGCUUUCAUGCUUCGAAAAAGAUUGAAAAGAAAUGGGAAAACACCAAUGUGGUACGCGGCAAUGCUACAGUGCAAAUGUUACAUUUGAACGCCUCACACAACGGGGACUACGACUGCCACAUCCAGUACGAUGGCAGAGAAAAUGUUUCCUCUACUGUCAUACACCUGAGUGUCACAGCCAGAUACAGCAAACCAAAAAUCACCAUGUCCUGCGAUGACAACAUCUGCUUGGUGACGUGUGCCUCACACGGAGGUUAUCCACUCGCCAAUCUGACGUGGAAUGAUGUUGAUCACAACAGCAGCCAAUGGUGGAAGGUUCUGAAUGUCAGUGAAGAGCGCGAUCCGGACACCUGGCUGUACAACACUUCCAGCACUUCAUCCUUCAACUGCUCCGACGUGAAAAAAAGGCAGAUCAGUUGUUGCGUGGGUGAUGUCACAUCUGAUGUGUUAUCUGUCUGUGUUCCAAAGGAUCCUCCUAACAUUUCCAUUCCGAUUGGGCUCGGGAUUGGGAUUGGAAUUGGAAUCUUCUCCAUGCUGGGGCUUGCAUUGGUUCUAUUGGUGCGGAAACGUAAAAAAGAAAACAAAAACAAAGAAGCUGGGGACCCAAAAGAAAACAUUCCCCUCAAAUAAAGCCAAAGAACAAAGAUUGUACGUCUGUGAACUGCGGCCAUCAAGACUCCAAAGUGGUUCAUUAUGGUAUCCCAUAAUGCCAUCGUCAUCAUCAGUAGCUCUUUGAAAUGAACAAUUCAUUUCUGUGAAUUUCUUAAAGUUGAAUGUGAUUGCUAUUUUUUUUUUUUUCCUUUUGGUUUAUUUUGUUAUGGUGUCCAUGAUACGGCAGUUGGAUGGACCGUUCACCCACUAAGCUGAAACUAAGGUGCAAUCAUUAUGUGAGUUUUGUCACAUGUGUACAUGUAUUUUAAUAUUUGUAACUAUUUUUACAAGGGAUAUUAGUCGAGUACAGCAAUAUUUCUACAGUCCGGAAUUAUUUCCAUGUCUCGCCUUUGGAUUGUAAAGUGUUACGCUUUGCUCUUUUGUGCUCGAAUGUGACGAAACGGCACAAAACAAAAUAACACAAAAACAAAGCACUGGUUAGGCAGGGGUGGAAGUAAGGGGUCUUCUUUGUUUUUUUAUAUACUUCUAAUCCAAUAUCACACCCCAGGAAGCAGUGUUUUGGCACUUUUUCUAUAACUUGUAUUGCCUAUUGUAUAAGUAUUUUUCUCAUAUUUUGCACAAACUAUGUCUACUUGAAGAGGGUUUACUACAUCCGGUGGCAUCACAAUAUAAGCACAAUGUGUUCAUUACAGUUUGAGGGAAAAACUGUAUGAGUUGAUAUCGGUAUUUGUAAUGAAGUGUUGGACAGUAUCGGCUAUCUGUAAGAAAGCCAUCUCUAAUUUACAAUAAUGUAUUGUAAGAUUUCAAUGAAAUAUAAAAAGUGAAGUUUUUCUCAUCAGUUAUGUAAGCUAACGAUAAUACAGUACAGUAUCAGGUACACCUUCAUUAGACAUAUUGUUUAAUUAAUACAUUUUCAAUAUAGCUUUCAAAUGAGACCAGUUCUUGUAUUGAAUCUUGGUAAUGGUAAUGGUUUUACUUCAUACCCUCCAUCUGGUACUUUUACAAUCAGUAACUGUUACAUUUGUUCACUUCCUGCUUUCUAAUAUAGUUUAAGGGUUUUUUUAAAUUUUAUUAAUUUUAUUUCUGUCACGUACCAAAGUAGGAGGUGAUAUGAGCAUCCAAUGACAUAAUGGGUACCAUAGUAAGUGUCAAUAUAGUGAUAUAUAUAGCACAUCAUGACUGGUUCAAGACUCUUCAUCCUUGUAUUUAGCAAACAUCAACUGCUUGUAUUGUUUCUUGAAUUGGCUCAUCAUUGUGCAUUGUUUGAGGGUCUUACUCAAUCCAAUCCAUAGUUUGAUUCCACAUACUGAAACGCUAUGGCUUUUUAACGUAGUCCUAGCAUAUAAGUGUUUCAAAUUUAGUUCUUCCCUGAGAAUCUUAUGAAUAUCUGUGUAUCUAAGAAACAUUUCUGGGAUGUGCUGUUUGAAAUUGUUACACAUUUCACUACUUGAAAGAGCACUGCCUUUAAAGGUAAAGAUGUCCAAAACACUGUUCUCAGAUUGUUGCUAUGUAUAUGUUGUUUUAAUCACGUUAGUCAUUAAAGAUUGUCUUUUGACAA